AUGCAUAGUUUGUAGUCCAUGCAGAAAUAAAAUUCAGGGCUGCUUAGUGAUGCUUAAACUACAAACUACAAUUUUAGAUAAUCAGCACAAAAUUCGAGUCUACUCGAAAUUAUAUUUAAAUUUAAAAUCGGCGACGAAACUGCAGUAACCUGAUCCGUUUUGACACAAAACGGAAAUGAAACUCUAACUAUACAUUGCAAAAAAGAUGUAAACAGAAAAAUAAAGGCAGCAGCACCAUUGCGAUUGCACGCAUUCUUCCUUGCCGGGGGCAAACCGUCCUCUCUUUCCUUUUUCCUCCCUCCUCUGUCUCUGUCUGCGUUUCUCGAAUGCGCACAGUCUCUACGCUGCCGCGUGCCCGCUUCUUUUCUUCCGUACACUGCAACGAACACAUUCAUUCGUACGUACGCAUAUAUUCUCCGUUCAGACGCCCCCGCUUUUCGCCUCUCCGCUGCCUAUCUGACACCGUCUCGUUCUCUGCGUUCUCUCGUCCAUUCUCACUCUUCUGCACGCCCGCUUUUGGUUUGUAGUGAAGAGAAAAAAGGAGAAAAAGACGAAGAAGGAGAAGCGAAAGAAGUGGAGUAGAGUGGCCGACAGCAACGACGACGACAUUUCUGCGGACAGAAUACCACGAUGUAAGUGUUUCUCAUAGAUUAUUUCGGAUGUCGGUGCUAAAUUUAUUUAAAAAAUGGCCAUAAAUUCAACAUUCGAUAAGCCAUUCGUUAAAUAUUAAACAAAAAUUGUAUCACAGAAAUUUUAAAAUUUUUCUCAGUUGCUAAUUUUUGCACAAAACUUUAGUAAACAUACUUUAUCUGCAAAAUAUUCACUUUUCAGGGAGCCCGGGCCAUCCUCCGCGGCGCCGGUUCUGCAUCAAUUGCAGCCGGCGGCUUCCCGGCCGAUACAGCAUCCUGCUCAGACCCGAGGGCCUGGAGCAGCUCAACGCGGAGCAAUCCGACAGCCCGUCAACCCCGUACAACGUAACGGUCCAGUGAUUCCGAUGGCUUCGACGCCGACUCAGCCGCGUGCCGGACCGUCCGUUCCAAUGCCGCCAUCUGCCCGACCGCUUCCGCCAUCAAUUUUCCGGUUCCAGCCUGUAAAAAAGGCGAGAGGUUCAAUAAGUUCCGCACUAAAUACACCUACGACAACGCCGUCGCCGUCCGCUACGCCUUCUAUCCCGAUGAAACCGUUAUCGGUGAGAUUCUAAACAAAUUCUGAAGUUUCAAGCGAAAAGUAAAACAAUAAAUUUCAGCAGCAAAAACCGCCGGUUCCAGCAGCUCCGCCAGCACGACAAACCAUUCCAUACGCAAAAAAUAAUCAUAGGCCACAGGUAAUUACGAUAAACUUGCAUUUCUCUAAAAUAAGUGGUAGUCUUUCCAGAAUCGAUCUCAACCCGCUUCCCGAACGCCAAAUAACUUCACGACGCCACAGGUUUGUACCCUAAUUUUGUUCCGAAUAUUAAAACGUCGAAAUUAAUUUUAGCCCCAAACAAAUCAGCAGCGGGCGACCAUUUUUCAAAAUAACGGCCCUUCGACAAGUUACGCCGGGCCAAGCACGUCCACACCUUCAACUUCUAACGCCCCUCGCCGUGAGCUCAUUCGAAAAAUACUUUGAAAACUCACAAUUAUUUUAUUUUUGAAGAUGUACCGCGAAAGCCACAACCUACCUCAUCUGGAGCUACCACCAAUAACAACCAAAUAUUCGAAAAGGAGAAAGGCGAAGAGGAUGAGGAGAAGAAAGCGAUGACGUACGAACUGCCGCCGAACUGCAAAGUGAGUGCUUUGGAUGUGCUUCAGCUGGCUCCAGCAGCUGUCUCCGGUUCCAUCCGAGUCGGCCCAAAACGUUUCAGACUGCAAACUACAGAAACUUGUUAAGCAGCACCACAAGAAGAUAAUUUGAGCUUUCUAACCAAAAUUUAAAAGUUUCACGUGUAAAAGUAAAAAUAUCACAUUUCUCAGUGAAAACUUAAAGACUUCACAAUAUUCUUGCAGCUGUUCACUUACAAGUGCGUAGUCGGAGGUGUCGAACGGACUCUCCUCGUGCCGAUGCCCAUGAAUGCGACGGAAGAAGAUCUGAAGGUAUUUAUUUCGCGGAACUCAUAAUAUCACCCGUCGAGAGUCUUCAAUUCAGAAAAUGCUGCCCGACUCGUUUUCCGAAAUGGCCGAAAAAAUAUUCGAAGCGGAAAGAGCACAAAAAGAGCCGUCGGAACAAGUGGUCACGUUGACAUUCCGUAAGCCCAAUAAAAUUGUGAAACCUGUGAAAACGGGUGAAUUCUUCAGCCGACGGUACGUCUCCGACCAUCGAAUUGCUUGGAAACGAGGGAACACCUGCGAAACACGAAAAGACGGACCCGCCGAUUCUGGUAAACCCGAAGCAGUUUCAAAGGAUUCAAAAGCGACGGAAAAUGAGGCAGCGACUGGAAAUGUCGGGAAGAUUACCAUUGCAAAGACAGAAGUACCUGCACGAGAGUCGUCAUUUGCACGCGAUUAAAAGGAAACGAGGCAUUGACGGCCGAUUCGACACUAAAAGUAGGCUUUUAUUCAAUUUUUAAAAAAGUUUAGCCAACAUUGCAGACGCACCAGACAACGAAGGCCAAUCGAGCUCCGGAACUCGACAAGUCGUCCAAUUCGCAGUUCCGAUGCCACGUCAAGUGACCACUUAUGCUGAAAUUCGGUAAAAUCGUUGAUUUUGUCAAGAAAAAUCUGAAGGUCCAUAAUUUUACAGACCGGCAAACGAAAUUUACGAAAAUCCGUCGGCCAACAGGAACGCGCAGCCGUACUACACGCCCGGCCAACGAAAUCACAACACCAGCAACUACCUCGACUACCAGAACGAGCCGAUCACCAGCUAUCAACAGUAUCAACAUCAUCUCCAGUACGCAGACCGAGAAAGAGAAUUUCUGAAUCAUCGGGAAGACGUAAACCAAGAAUCCGGAGCCGGAAGCAGCACGACCGAUGAGCAAAAGUUUACCAAUCUUUAA